GCCAGUAUUUAGGAGAAGACCUGCAGUUAUUGCCAUAGGCCAGUAUUUAGGGGAAGACCUGCAGUUUUCUGGUCCGUCUAAUGGAGCAGUAGGAGGAAGUGUGGUGUUUGCUCCUGAUAACCCGCCCUCCACAUCAAUUUUUACAGUUCAGUGGCAUUUUGGAUCAACUCUUAUAUUGACAGCACAGUCUGAUUCAACUAUAAUAGCCUCAGCAUACAGAGACAGAGCCAGUUUUGACAGAAACACUCUCGCUCUGGAGCUUUGGAACCUGAGACUGGAUGAUUCUGGAAUAUACAGACUAACUGUAAUAACUACUACUUCAGAUCAACUUACAGGAGAAACUUCACUACAAGUGUUCGAAAGAAUAACUAAUGACAGGCUUAUUGGUCCAGAAGAAUCAUUAAUAGAGGGAGAAUCAUCUGCUAACAUCAGCUCUGAGGGAACUGGCAGCAUCACCUCUGUGCAGUGGAUGAAAGAUAACAGUCCUCUGUCUCCUAGCAACAGCAUCAUCUUCUCAUCUGAUAACAGAUCAGUGUCCAUCAGUCCAGUGCAGAGAUCAGACAGUGGAGAAUAUCAAUGUACAUAUAGAAACCCUAUCAGCUCUGAGACGGCAAUACUCAGCCUGAUCAUCAACU